UGGAGAUGGAGGACGAGUCCGAGGCCGAGGACGACGAGACGGAGGAGGAGCCCGACGCCAGGUUAUCAGACCAGGAUGAAGAGGGCAAGAUCAAGCAGGAGUGCCUCAUAUCUGACCCUUCCUUUUCCAUGGUGACAACUCAAUGGGAAGACAGUGGAAUAACCUGGGAGACCAAUUCAAGUAGGUCUUCAACUCCCUGGAACUUGGAGGAAAGUCAGACUUCUGGUGUGUGCAGCCUGGAAGGGUCAACUGUGAGUUCUCCUCCAGGGAAUGUUUCAUUUAUUGUGGAUGAAGUUAAAAAAUCUCGGAGAAGAACCCAGAAGUCAAAACAUGGCUCACCAUCCUUGCGCCGAAAAGGCAAAAAAAAGAGACCUUCUUUAGAAUCCCAAGAUGUUCCAGCAAACAAAAAAGAUGGUCCUUUGAUUUCAGAAAAUCAAGUGCCCAACACUGAGCAAGAGAAACCAUCUGUUGGCAUGCAUGAUAAGACGAGAACAAAGAAAACUGCCUCCAAUACACCUCCUAUCACGGGGGCAAUAUACAAAGAACACAAGCCAUUAGUGCUGAAGCCAGUCUACAUAGGAACAGUUGAAUACAAAAUCAAGAUGUUUAAUUCCGUUAAAGAAGAACUAAUCCCGCUCCAAUUUUAUGGAACAUUGCCAAAGGGUUAUGUCAUUAAAGAAAUACAUUAUAGGAAAGGGAAAGACGCAUCCAUUAGUCUAGAGCCAGACUUAGGCAACCCUGAUUCGAAUGCAGUUUCCAAAACAGGCAAAUUCUUGACCGAAAGCACAGAAGAGAAAGAGCUAGUUCCACCUUGGAGAGGGGCACUCUCCAGAGGAUCAACCACCGCAGGCUCUAGUCCCGAAGAUCACAAGAAAGUUCAUGUUGAUUCACCUCUACAUGUAGCAUCUGCAGCCAAGCGCACAAUUCCCUCAUUUUCAAGAAUUGACGAAGCAGAACAAGAAAUACGGUCCCCCUCUUCACGGCCAAUCUCACAACAGGCAGGCGAUGAAGCAAAAACACACGAAAUAGAAUCUUCCUCUCCUAUAUCCGAUACAUCGGCAACCGUGUCACUGGAAACAGUCCAGGAAGAUUUUAAGCUCGACUCACAAGUAACUAUCAAUUCAGAGAAGGAAGCUUCAAUCGCACCAUCUUUAGUUGACAAGGUAAUGCAGGAAGAAGUGUAUCCUUCUGAGCAUUCCAUUUCACUGGAAGCAGAGAGGGAUUCUCCAGAGACAGGUCCACCGGGUCUGGUAGCAUCCUUUCAGGAAGGUUUGGGCAUAGAGAAAGAGCAGCCAGACUUGACUUCACUAGAAAGGGAAGAACCAGCCUUCGAACAAGCGACCUUUCCUCCGGGUAUCCAAGAAGACACGGAAGAAAACCUGUCUGAGCCCGUCAGUUCUCUUCCUCAUCCGCUAGUGCCAGCAGAACCAGAGAGAGAACUGGGAACCGCCCUCCCAGGGACUGCCAGUCCCGAACCGGAAGAUUGGAAUUCUGUCGAAGAAGAGAUCAUAGAACUUGAUUACCCAGAAAGUCCAUUCCUUUCUGAGCAGUCCUUCCCACCACGGUUGGCCCCUGAAGUGGGGCAGGAAGAAGAGGAGCCCCUGUUACCGUUAGGGACAACAUCAGUCGUGCUCUCUGAAGAAGAACGAGGGGAAAAUGAGUCUGUUUCUACGGACUCUGCUUUUGCCUCGGAGUAUUCACUCCCACCGGACUUGAACCAGGAGCCGGCGAGGACAGACGUUGACAUUGAGCUGGUGUCUCCAUCCCCGGUCCAGGGUGCAGCUGAGGGUGCAGUGUUGUCGGAUGCAGGGCCUGGGGACUGGGAGCCUUCUUUCUCAGUGGAGGCCUCUGUGUCUGAACCUUCGCUGACACCACCUGCCACGGAGAGGAGCUCAGCAUGGCAGUCCCCACCGUCUCCGAGAGCCCCCUCGGAACAGAUGGCCCUGCCAGGAGCCGCAGCCUCCGAGGGGGAGGAUCCCACCACAGAGCCCAGAGUGGCUCCCGACGACGACUCAGCGCCAGCACCGAAGGAACCCCAGAAGAAAGCAAUUGACCGCGAGUCCGCCUUCAAAUCGAAAGGCCUCGCUGAGCACAUGAUUCUGUCAGAAGAAGAGGAGGCACACACUGGGUCGCAUUUCCCAGAGGGAGCCCCCGGAUCUGAGCAGUCCCUCUCCACGUCCACAACGGAAGCCACUUCGGAGUGCCAGUCCCCACUACCUGCGGCGACUCCAUCCGAACACGUGGUCCCAUCGGAAGAGGAGACGGUGGAAACCUCUGCUUCCACGACGGCUUCUGAAUUUUCUGUAUCACCACAUGCUACUGAAGCAUCACAGAAGGGAAACAAUGUCUAUGGUUCCCCUUUAAGUCUAAAAGGUGCUGGCCCACCCAUGAAUCUACCAGAAGAGCAAGAAGAUAUUGGGCCUUUCUCUCCAGAUUCUGCAUUUGCUUCAGAAUUCUCGUUUUCACCAGAUGCCACUCUGGAAGCGGAGAAAAGAGAAUUUGCACGCGAUUCCCCAAUAUACUUAACAUCCCCCUCAGAUCACACCACGUUGUCUGAUGAAGAGACUGAAGAGACAGGACUUUUUUCUCCAGAUUCAGCAUCGCAAGUUUCAAUCCCACCAUAUAGAGUCCCAGAAACAAAGGGAAGUGAGGCUGAGUCCGAUUCCUCGUUAACCACAGUGUCUGCCUUGGGAACAUCCCAUUUUCCAGAAGCAGAUGAGGAAGAAUUCGGAUCCACAGCUUCCACACCCGUACCUGACCUCCUCACUUUGUCACCGGACGGAACAGAUGCACCUUCUCCCGUGCUGUCUGCCCCGGAAGGUGUGAGGCAGCCACCUUUGGUGAACAGAGCCGAGAAGGCCGAAAUGGAGCCAGAGGCUCAAACAACCUCAACAUCUGUGUCCGAAUAUCUUAUUUUGGCACAGAAUCAGAAAAUCCAAGCAACGCUCGUGCCUGAGUCUGAAGACUUAAUGCCACCACUUCCACCCAAUGCAUUGGAGAAGAGAGAAAUUCAGACUCGUGCACCAGCCACGACAGCACCUGUUUCUUUGUCUGUACAGUCUCCCAUAGUAAAGGAAGAAGACAAAACAGUUCUGUGUGCACCAGGGUCCCCAGAUUCAGUUCAUGCGAUUCAGAAAGAACAGGAGCCCAAAGCCUCAGUCAUUCCCAAGGCUCUGAGUGAGCAGAUGGCUUGGUCAAAAGUCAGCAAGGAAGAAACGGUGCCUAGUUCUCAAGCUGUGACAGAACACUCGAAAGGACUGGAGCCUCGGGCUCCAACUGUUCCUGAGUCCCAAACGGAGCCUCCAGCUGUGCCUGAGCUGGUCCAUGAGCCAAAGAAGGAUGCCAAGCUCCAUGUGGCGCCAAGUGCGACAUCUGAACCGGAACCGUGGAUGGCGUCCAAGAAUGAGCCCGAAGUAAUCAAAGCGCGGUCACCCCUAAAGGAAGCAUCUUUAUCUGGACCUGAGGUUUCAUCAGCAGUGAAAACAGACAUUAAACAUGGUUCUCAAACAACAGCUACACCUGGAGUUCCACGUGUAUCUUUAUCUGGAGUGGAGAAGGAGGUGGGACAUGACCCACCUGCACUGGCAUUCUCAGCUUCCCCAGAAGAAAUGAAGCGAGAAGUUGGAUCCGGUACUUCUGAAAUCACACCUGUAACUCCACCUGAUUCCAGUCUAGUGACAGCAGAGAAAGAAGAAAUCCCCUCAGCUUCACCACUUAGCACCCCUGUGGAACAACCAGUCUUAACAAAAGUAGGAAAGGGUGAAUUCGAAAUUGGCUUGCCUCCCUCCGUAACAUCAAUCGACAAGCGUUCGAUUGCUAAAGAAGAAGCAAAUGUAGCAGCUGAAGGUGCUUCUUCUCCCACGGAAGCUACUGCACCCAAAUGGUGGUCAGAAGCAGAGAAAGGAAUUCAGUUCGAUUCCCCUCCAAGUGUCUCCUCUCUAUCAGAGCAUUCUGUUUCACCAAAAGGAGAAAGGGAAGAAGUGAAACCCGAGUUGCCAAUCACCAAAAUAGCUCCGUCAGUGCAGUCGGAGGUAUCUAAGGAAGCACAGGUGGAAAAGGACCCGGCUCUUCCAUUUUCUACAGUCCUCACCGCUGAGCAAGUGACUGUAGCGCAGAAACAGAACUCCGCAUCUUCCUCAGAGAAGCCAGGGCCUGAACUUUUGCUUCCACCCAAGCUCGGUGGUGACAUAAAGGAAAAAGAAACGGAGGUUCCUUCACUACAAAGUGUGUCGCCCGCAUCAAAGCAGACAGUUCCAACAGAGAGGACGGAGGAAAUACCCGGUUCAUCUCCCAGCUUGGACAAUUUGGUGCCAGAAGAUUCCAUCCCCACAUCUGCUGUGAUGCCUGAAAUUUCUAAGACUUCAUCAGGCCUUGAGGAAGAAUCUCAGAGUCAAGAAAGUAAACCUGUCUCUCUUAAAGGAGUUAGCUUGGGGUCAAAAGAAGCAUCUACCUCUCUGCUUGAAGGCGAACAGCUGGGAAAACGGCAGCCACCUCCUACGACUUUAAAAGGAUUAUCAGAGGAGGUGAACUCUUCAACCAACUACGAAAAAGAAGGGCAACAAGAGCUAGGCACAUCACCAUCGCCAGAGACCUCAGCGUCACAAAGGACAGGAAACAAAGUGAAGCAAAGUGAAGAAACUGGCCCCGAGCCCCCGAGCUUAGCAGAACCACCCAAGAGCCCCUCUGCUGACCUCCUUGAAGAACAAAGGAAGCCCGGGAAAACACUUCUUUCAGAGAAAGCUGUCAAACUGCCUGAGGUAAGCGACACGUUUGCGGAUAAACAAGCUCUGGGGAGUAAACAACUUUCCUCUCUGAAAGAAAAUGAGCCUUUGGAAGAAUCCAAGUCAUUGGUGGCAACCGAGUUGACAGCUGUUAAGGAAACAAAAAUGACAGAGCCACUUGUCCCUCCAAUGGAUGCAAACCGGGUGCUCGAGAAGCCAGAGAGAGGUCUGGCCAGUCAGGAGGAAGAGCAGAUAUUGGGAUCUGGGCAGCAGCGAGGUCCCUCGGGCCUCAGUGAUCUGAUGACAGGGCAGCUUACGCCCACUCUGUCGCGUCAAGAGCACCCAUCUCAAGUCAGAAAGCAAGUUCUGCCGCCUGCUGCGGCUGAAUCCCAUUCAGCGUUACAAGCACCAACCUCUACUCCAGAGCGCUCCAGUGUGAAUGUAGAGACACAGUCAACUAAGGCUUACCAUGUUGAAGAAAGCAAACUGACCCAAGAAGCAAAAUCUAGAAUUCCAGCUGGAAAUGUGGAGAGAAACCUAGCAGAGGGAAAGCAGGGCCAUUCUCCUGUAGAGAGUGAAAGUUUGAGAUUGGAGAAAGCAAGCACAGAAUUUUCUAGACCUUCCAAAGAAAACAGCCAGGAAGAAAUCAAAUUGCCGUCAGAAAGUAUCUUCCAGAAACCAGUUUCUGGCCUAUCAAUGGGACCAGUUGAGUCAGAAACAAUUUCCUCUUCCACCAAAGCGGCCCAUUUUCUGGCAGCAGAUCUAAAACCUCCUCCAAGUGUUGAGAAAGAAGCACAAAUGACCACAUCACUUGUCCCUGGAGAGAAGCCAUUAGAAAAAUCAAAAGUAGUUCCGUCCGAAGUGGCAGAUGCUGCUGCACCUGCCGCGAAAACGACCACACAAAGAAAACCCCUCUCGACCAUCCCAGCUCCCGAGGCCCCGAGGCCCACAGAGGUGUCUGAGGAAACGCAAAGGCUGCCUGAACUGCCAAAGGCGGCUGAGCCAGUCCUUCCUGAAGAAAAGGGAAAGAAAGGAAUUUUGUCUUUGAAAUCAUGGAUGUCCAAUUUGUUUUUUGGAUCAAGCACUUCAGAAAACGAAGUUGCCCAAAAAGAAGAUACCGAAGUACAGCCAAAUCAACCAGCAGAAAAAGCAGAGCCUGCUACAGAGCCUGAAGGUGCGAUUCUAGCCACCCCGGAUGGCUUCAGGGCAAAUGAGAAUCUAGUUGGUCACCCAUUAGCAGAGGCGAAUCUUAAAAUUACUGAACAAUCGAGAGCUUCUUUAGAAAAGUCGAGGGAAGGCCAAGAGUUUAAAGCAAAGCCCCCAUUUUUACCAACUGUUGAAUCACAGCAGCUGACUUCCAAUGCUGAAGCAUCUAGUGAAGACCAUGGAAAGAAAGAAGCCCUAGACGCUGUAGAAAAAAUAGAUAUAAACCCAGAAGUUACAUCCGCUGGUGGUGAGGAGCACCUUGGAAUGCAACCCUGUUAUUUCACAGAUGAGAACUCGGUUCUGAGAGAAGCCAAACACGUAGUUGCCCUUCAGGUCACUGAGAGUAAAAGAGCCCAGAAACCAGCAAUCUCUCCUCCUUCAACAUGGAAAGUUUCUAUUCUUAAGGAGGAGCUGAGAAGUGACCCAAAAGAAAACUCCCUCUUUUCAUUUAGUGCAGUAGAUAAGACUUCACCACCACCAACAUCUGCCUCAUCCAACUUCACAAGUAUAAAUAUCACCCAGGAUCCAGAGACGUCAGCGUCAAUAAUUUUGCCAGUGGAAGAAUCAAAAGGCAGUUUAAGUGAUGUUGGUAAAGACAGACACAAGGAAGAAAGGCCAACAUCCCUUUCUUUGAACAUUUCUGAAGAGAAAACAAAACUCGAUUCUGUUCACUCGACUGAGGAGAACGAUAACUUGGAAACGAGAUCACAUCCCUUGGCGGAAAAGGAGGCGCUGGCAGAGAAACAAGGAAAGCUGGCUCCAUCAGAACUGAAAGAUAAUGAUGAACUACAAAAGCCACCAGUUACCUUUGACUCUAGACCUAUUACAGGAGAAGUCUUAAAAGCUGCUGCUCUGCCGCAAGUCUGUGGAAAUGAAGGUCACCAAGAAAGAUCCAAAAUGAUCACUGGUUCUGAGGAGGAGCGAGGAGAAAGAGAAAGGUGCUCACCCGUAUUUGCAGGAGAGACGAAGCAGCAAGAAAUCCAGUCUCCUGUGAAUGUUGCUCGGUCUAUGCUUGAAGAAUCAGAUCUCUCUUUAGGUCGGUGUUUGGGUGAAGCAACCAAAACUCAUACUUCUGUGAAGCCAAAGCCACCCAUCUUUGUUUCCAAGCAUCAUCUGGAGGCUGAGGAAGAGGGCCACCGAAAGGAACCACGCUCAGAAAGCAGCAACUACACUCAGUUUAUAAUGAAUGCAUCAACAACCAAUACCGAUCAAACGGCUCUUACUAAGGAAAUCGCCCGGGACCCUGAAGACACGUAUGCACAAGAGGAAUUCACUGUGACCAGCAAGCCAACUGGCCUUUCAGAAGAUCAAAAGAGCGCCUUCAAUAUCAUUUCUGAAGGUUGUGAGAUCCUGAAUAUUCAUGCCUCUGCCUUCAUUCCUUCAGUUGACCAGGAGGAAAGGGAACACGUGCCAGCUAUGUUAGAAUAUCUGGAAGAGAAGGCCUUACUUAACACCAAACCAUUUCAUGACGACAGUGAGCCAAUUGCUCAGCAGGAUGUCUUACAGAGCCACUUAGAAGAGUCUGGUGGAAAAGUUACAGCAUUAAAAGAACAUAAAACAAAGGAAGCUUCUAAGCCGGAAGAGGAAAUAUCCACAGAUUCCAGAAAUGAUGACUUAACCUUGAUUCAGUCCUCAAUUCCAAGUGAAGAGGAUUACUUUGAAAAAUACACUUUGAUUGAUUAUAACAUCUCCCCAGCCCCAGAAAAACAGAAGUUUCCACAGAAAUUACAUUUUGAAGAGGAGUUCACUCCGGAAGUUUCGGAAGAAACUCUCUCUUUCCCAGAAAGGCCCAGAGAAAGUGCCCUAGAACACGAAUAUGAUUUGGUGAAAUUGGAUGAAAGUUUUUAUGGACCAGAGAAGGACCAGAGCAAAUUAUCUCACUCAGAGACACCAACAUCUCUGGUUAUCCAAAAAUCACCCGACAGAGAUGAGGCCAAAGGCAGACCUAUUGAUGUGGACUCCAGGGCCCCCGGGAUGCCAUUAUUUGAGGCAGAGGAAGCAGUUUUGUCACGAAGUCAGGCAUUUCUGGACACGGUUAAACUCAUUAAUCCAGAGCACUUGGAGGAGGCGCCCGCACUUGCGUUUUCAUACAAGGAUCUGUACAAAGAGGCUGUUGGAGAGAAACAGAGGGAGGGGGAGACACUUUCGGAAGAUGACAGCGUGAAUUCUGAGGCAUCCUUUCCCAGCAGACAUUCUGACACUGAUGAUGGAACAGGCAUAUAUUUUGAGAAGUACAUACUCAAAGAUGACAUUCUCCACGACACAUCUGUAACUCAAAAGGACCCAGGCCAAGGCCUGGGAGAAAAACCAGUUGGUGAGGAUGAUUCAUGCCAACCGGUAGCUGCAGAAGGGGAAAUUUGGGGGAGGUUUGGAACUGUUUUGGAGAGGAAUCAGGAAGAGGCACAGCAAGCUGUUUGUAGGGAAGGAGGAACUGUCGGUCGUGUGGAGACACUUGAUGAUGUAGGGAUCCAACGGCAAGUGCCUGUCCGGGAGGAAGUCAAUGUGGUUACCCAGAAGAUAAGCUAUGCAGUUCCAUUUGAAGACACCCACAAUGUCCUAGAGAGAGUAGAUGAAACUAGCAGCGAGGGUAAUGCAGCAGGAGGUGCAACUCCAGAAGCCAACCUGAAUGUCCCAGUCCAAGUGUCCUUCCCCGAAGAAGAAUUUGCAUCAGGUGCAACUUAUAUUCAAGAAACCCUGCAAGAAGAACCUGAGAUGGUCUCUCCUGAGCCACGGGAACAUAGGCUCCGGAAUAGCCCUGUUCAAGACGACUACGGAUUUGCUGAAUCUCUGAGUUACGAAGUGGUCACUGAAGACCUUUUCUCAGAUGAACUGUGUUCCGAUUCCACACCUGAAGCUGGCUUAGCCCGAGGAGAGCAAUCCUUUGAACCCAUUAGUGAAAGUGAAUUUGUGAGGGAGGAGGAACAAACUGCAUCUGCUACACAGAGAGAGAUGGGGAGAGAGAAGACAGAACAAGAGCUAUCAUCAUCAGAGGUAGCCACAGAGAAGGCACAAAAGGAACCCCAAAAGGCCCAGAUCGACUCAUACUGUUACACGUGCAAAAGCCCAAUUUCGUCUACUGACAAGAUGCUUGGCACCCACAAAGACCACGAGGUUUCAACACUUGAUACGGCUAUUGGUGCUGUCAAGGUCCAAUUAGCAGAAUUUCUAGAAAAUUUACAAGAAAAGUCCUUGAGGAUUGAAGCCUUUGUUAGUGAGAUAGAGACCUUUUUUAAUACCAUUGAGGAAAACUGUAGCAAAAAUGAGAAAAGGCUAGAAGAACAGAAUGAGGAAAUGAUGAAGAAGGUUUUAGCGCAGUAUGAUGAGAAGGCCCAGAGCUUUGAGGAAGUGAAGAAGAAGAAGAUGGAGUUCCUGCACGACCAGAUGGUGCACUUUCUGCAGAGCAUGGAUACUGCCAAGGACACCCUGGAAACCAUCGUGAGGGAAGCAGAGGAGCUGGAUGAGGCCGUCUUCCUGAGUUCCUUUGAAGAAAUCAAUGAAAGGUUGCUCUCUGCAAUGGCGAGCACGGCUUCUUUGGAGAACAUUCCGGCUGCAUUUUCACGGUUUGAACAUUACGAGGACAGCGCAGCAGGAAGUGACCCGAGGCUCAAACAAGUGGCUGUUCCACAGCCUCCUAGAUUGGAGCCCCAGGAACCAAAUUCUGCCACAAGCACAACAAUUGCAGUUUAUUGGAGUGUGAACAAGGAGGAUAUCAUUGACUCGUUCCAGGUUUACUGCAUGGAGGAGCCUCAGGAAGGGCAAGAAGUCAACGGUAGGUGGUGA